AUGCCUCCUCCAUCAGACGCAGACGCAGACGCAGAAGCAGACCCAUCGUCCCACAGCAUCCUGAAACACCGCCUAGAAGACUUCUUGCAGAAACGGCAGCCGCCUAAGACGUUCUGCCCGUCCGAGGUCGCAAGGGCGCUGACCGCCAGCGAACUGUCAGAUCUCGGUUUCGACACCUGGCGGGACGCCAUGCCGGCUGUCCGUCAGCUCGCGUGGGAGCUGCGGGCGCAGGGUGAGUGCGAGGUGCUGCAGAAGGGCGAAUGCGUUGGUGAGGAUGUGGAGUUGGAAGAUAUUAGGGGUCCGGUGAGGAUUCGGAGGAUGUGA